GUUUACUUAUCCUUUAAGAUAAGUGUUUCUGACCAGUGUCUGCCUGUCACCAUUUGCCUAGACAGAUGUUCUUUGUUCCUAGUGCAUGGGGCUAAAAUAGCCAAUAGCUAGUCCGAAUAUUAGAACAUUCACAGAGCUAGACCAGCCUGUAGCCAAUCAGAGGACAGGAUUUUCACAGGACAAGAAGAAGCUAUAGCUUAUAGAAACACUAGAACAGAACCACAGAAGGACUUCCUGCCCUGCUAUUAUAGCAGAUACCUCUGUGGCUGCCAGAAGAAGGAAUUUACUCUGAUUAACCGUUAUAUUCAUCUGUAUAAAUAUAUAUGAGAAGUUAUACUGCCCAUUUGACUAUAAAAGCUGCCCAGUCUGCAGGGCAAUGAUCAAGAAUAAAUGACAAAAAUCCUCAUUUUGUAUAAUAAGCCAAUCAUCAUCUUGAUGCUGAGCGGUAACACCAGCCUGUGUGUGUUUGUGCCUCACAAGAGGAAAUAACACCUCCGCUCAGUGCUGUGUGGGUGCCGGUCAGAGCGGCCACUUCUAUCUCUAACCUGUAACUGCUAAUUAGUUAUUAGGCACAGGGUGAAGGAAAGGUGCCUCUGCCCAGCGCCAACAGCCAUCAGAGAUCCACUGGGGAAAUGGGAGUUUAUUUCUACUGGACCCUGGCACUUCUUUAUCUUCAUAAAACUAUUAUAUCUGCGCAACCCUGUGGCCCCACCAUAAACGUGAGCGUUACAGAGGGAGGACAAGUGUCUCUGCACGUGAAUGAGACAGAAAUCAUCAAAGUCAGUUGGGACGUGAGCAAUGGAACCUAUGAGAAUUUAUUUGCCAAGAAGCAGCCGGGCACAUCAAUGGAGGCCGUAGCGGAUAAAUACAGAGGGAGGGUGCAUGAAAUGGGCAACAGUUCCUUACUGGUUUCCAAUCUGAGCCUGCGGGACUGGGGAACCUACACGGCUCAUGUAUUCAGCUAUAGUGGAGUUUGCCAGCAGAGCUAUGAUGUCCGAGUGUAUCGAAGCUUAUCUGCUGAAGAUAUCGAUAUUGAGUACAACAUGACCAGCAGGGAAAGCUGCAAUAUGACAGUAACAUGCAGGGUAGAGGGGCCGGACACAAGGCUUGUGUGGAACGGCACGGCUAUAGGAAGGGCAGGAGCGGCACAGCAAACCCUCCAUGUGUAUAAUGCUGAGCCCCAUAUGAUCUACAGCUGCACCGCCCAGAAUCCUGUGAGCAGAGCCACCACCUCUCUAACUCCCUGGGCUCAUUGCCUGCAGGGGAAAUCCGAAAGGAAUUACAUUGUGCAGAAUAUAAUAAGGCUGGUACUGUCGGGCUGCAUCCUCAUCGCUGGUGCCUGCCUGUUUGCCCACCAUGUGAAGAGAGAAGGUGCCGGAAAUGGAUAAUUAGUCUGUGAUGGGGAAGGGGUGGAUCUUUGUUGCCAUACACAAUAAUAGCUAAUUACAGGGGCCUACGUGCUUGUUAGGUUUGGGAAAGGUUAGGCUGAGAAUCUCACACUUUCUAGGCCCUUUUUGGGGACCCCUGCUUUAGAGCUGUUACUAUAGGCAGCCAAUGGAAAGGGGCACUGUCAUAGUGACAACAAGAUCCAUAGAUGGUAUAGGAGAGUAUGUACAGGGGAAAUGGGAACAGGGAAUUUUAGCCAUGCUCCUGAUUAUCCAAGGCCAAAACUAUUUUAAAAAUGGUAUUCAGGCUGUAUUUGUGGUGGUUUUGGGGGUUGGGGUAAUUAUUUAACUGUAUGUACGUUGCAAUAAUUCUCCAGUUAUUUUGCUAAGGUCACUGAGCAUAGCAACCAGGGGGAUAAUAGGACUAUUAGACUAAUAGGAAUAGGGCAUGUUCAGUGGGGGUUUCUGACACUAGCAGCUAUUAUACUAUCCACUUAUUCUACUAUUAAUUAGAGAUGCACAAAGUCAGUUUGGGAUUCUGCCUUUUUCAACAGGAUUCGGUCUCUGGCUGAACCAAAUACUUAAA